GGCCGUAUUCUCUAAAAUCAACAGCGUGCUUUUUGUCCGUAUGCGCUGAGCAGGCUACGCACAUCACGUAGCGGAUUCGAUAAUGGCGCCUGACUCCGAGAUGCGCUCGGCUUUGGAAAAAUGAAGCGUAGAAGAGCUUAUUUCCAGUGAUUGACGCGGGGCUUAUUUCAGUUCGCGGACUUUCCCUCUCUUGCCGCGCGGCAGGUUCAGGUUGCGAUCUCAGUCGCGACGCCCAGCCCGAGAUGAUGAAGCUGAAGUCGAACCAAACGCGCACCUAUGAUGGAGACGGGUUCAAGAAGCGGGCCGCCUGCCUGUGCUUCAGGAACGACACCGAGCAGGAGGUGUUAUUAGUAAGCAGCAGCCGAUAUCCAGACAAAUGGAUCGUACCCGGAGGAGGAAUGGAGCCGGAGGAAGAGCCCAACGUGGCUGCUGCCCGAGAAGUCUGUGAAGAGGCUGGUGUUAAGGGCACUUUAGGAAGACUAGUAGGAAUAUUUGAGAAUGGAGAUAGGAAACACAGAACGUAUGUCUACGUUCUCAUCGUAACCGAAGUUCUGGAAGAUUGGGAGGAUUCAGUCAACAUUGGGAGAAAAAGGGAUUGGUUCAAAAUCGAAGAUGCCAUAGAAGUGUUGCAGUGUCACAAACCAGUACAGGCCACUUACUUCGAGGCCCUGCAGGAAGGAUGUCUGAACAGUAACGGGACGCCGCUGGUGGCCACCUACAGCAUUAAUCAGAGCUCGGUCUCUGAUGUCAGAUAACUAAUGAAGAACACAGACACUCCAGACGCUUCCACCGCUCUUCCUCUUACUUUCAUUAUUUUGUUCUUUUGAAUCCUUUUCUUUAAAAACACACAAAAACAAUGGUUUGCCAAGGCCUUAGAGCACCGAGAAGGUGGAGCAGACAUCACG